AACAAAAUAAAUAAAUAAACAUAUUGAGUGUGUGUGCGUGUGCGUAUUGUAAAAUUCGACUGUAUAUGUGGUUAUUUCAAGGCUUUUGCAAACCUCUUUUUCGCCAAGCCACAAAAAAACUACACUGAAAACAAAACAAAACAAAGUGCACACAAAUAAACAAACCAAAAAGGCUGCCUCUAAUUAAAUAACACAAUUGCACAGAUCGAAUAUAUAUAUAUAUAUAUCUAUAUAAAUAUAUAAACAGCAGCAGCAACAGUGGCAGCAGCGCGUUUGGCGCUAACCGAAAAGGAAAACUGCAAGAAACUCUUAAUUGGAUUAGCCUGCCUGCAACCAACGGGGGCGGCGGGGGCCCCAAUACACAAACUCUGCGUGCGAGCGAGAGGGAGAAAGAGAGCUACAGUGUGUGUGUUGUGUUGUGUGUGUGUGUGUGUGUGUGAGUGUGUGUAUGUGAUAAAGAAGGUCUUAAGCGAUGGCUACAACACAACAAUAUUCGCUGCGUUGGAAUAACUAUUUGCGCCAUUUGACCUACUCAUUGGAUAAUCACCGGCUCAACGAUGACUUCGUCGAUGUUAGCCUCUGUGUGGAUGGGCGCAAGAUUAAGGCACACAAAGUGGUGCUGUCCUCGUGCUCGUCGUAUUUCAAGGAGAUCUUCAAGGAGAAUCCCCAUCCGCAUCCCGUCAUCAUAUUUAAGUUUAUCAAAUUCGAGGAUCUCAAUUCCAUUGUGGAGUUCAUGUACCAGGGCGAGGUAAAUGUGCAACAAGAGGCGCUGCAAUCGUUUUUGCAGACCGCCGAACUUUUGGCCGUGCAAGGCUUGACCGCCGAGGAGAAGGAGAAGCCACAGUUGCCGGUGGUGCCCAUAAUUAGCGAGCACAAGCUUAUCAAAACGAUACCCAGCACAAUACGCGCCGUCAACGAGCAGCAGCAGCAGCAGCAGCAGGUGGCAAUUGCGAGCAUUGUUCAGAAUGGAACACAACAACAACAACAACAGCAACAACAACAGCAGCAGCAGCAACAGCAACAAACCAUUGAAAUACCAACGGCAACGCUGCUGCAGGCAACAGCAACGCAGAUUCAAACGCAAAACGCUGUUGCCAUAGCUCAGCUGCAAGUGCAGCAAAACCAACAACAACAGCAGCAGCAACAACAGCAGCAGCAGCAGCAGCAACAUCAUCAUGUACAAAGCACUCAGAUUCAGCAUAUUCAGGUGCAAGCGGUACCUGUGCAACAGCAGCAGCAACAACAACAACAACAGCAAGUGGUGCAGCAGCAGCAACAACAGGUGCAGCAGCAGCAGCAGCAACAACAACAGCCACAGCAACAGCAGCAACAACAACAACAGGCAGCAGCGCAGGCGCAGCACCUGACAAUCAGCAAUGCGGUAACAAUGCCCACAGCGAACCAGGUGAAGAAGCGCAAGAUUACCUUCUCCGACGAUGAUGACAACAUCUAUACCACCGAAACGGUCGACUAUGCCGUCAAGGACGAGCAGACCAUUGUCAAAACUGCUGAGAUGACAUUUCUGCGUGGCACUGUCAAAAUGGAUAUACCCGAUUAUAUAGUGAGCGAGGUCGAUGAUCGACUGUCGGACGGUGCCACGCCGCAAACGACACAGGAUGCGACAACGGCGGCCGCACAAAAUGUGGCACAAUAUUCAUCCGAAUACGAGAUCCUAACCGAAUCCGAAAUGGAGGAGAAAUAUCAGGCAGAGAACGAGAAUGCCGAAAUUGCCAUCGAAAUGACACGCCUGCUGGGCACGGCGAGUGUGGCAACAACGACGGCAACCACCCAGGCGGUGCUCGAGGAUGCCAAUGUUGCGGUAACCGGUGGCACAACCACCGUCUCAAUAUCGCCAGUGAAAGCCGAUAUCAAAUCCAGUGGCACCAUCGAUUCACCCAAUAAUAAAUGGACAGAAUGUCAGUUUUGCAAAAUGGUUAUUACCACGGUGAAUCUUUGGAGACAUAUUCGCACCCAACACACCCCGCAACCACCGCGCAAAUGCGAUCUCUGCAAUAAGAAUUUCAAGAAUAAAUACAGCCUGCGCGAGCACAUUCGCAUUUCCCAUGAGCAAAAGGUUGCCAUCAAAACGGAAAACUGAUGGACAAUUUUCACCGUGCAGCAUGGCUUACAAUAAACAAUGAUGAUGAUGAUGAUGAUGCUCACAAAAAGGCGACGAAACGAGACGAGGCAGCACUGCACCAAAGAGACAGAGAGAGAGAGACAGACAGAGCGAGAGAGAGAGCGAGCGAGAGAGAGAGUGUGUGGGAGAGAGGAAGAGGGAAGAGAACACAUAGAACAUUACGUCCAAUAACAAGAUGCAAAAAAAAAAAAUAAUAAAAAAAAAAUACACACUAAAAAUGUUUGCUUAUGAAAAACAUAAGAAGCUGCACCACUGCAACAAAUGUGAACAGUAGAAGCCAGAAGAAGAAGAACAAACCAACACACACACACACACACAGUCACAGCCACACCCACUUUUCCAGUCAUUAGCACUAACAUUGCCAGUAUCCAGCAGUCAAAUUCUAUUUUUCUUUGUGUUAGCCAAAAACAAGAUUAAUCAGCAAAAAA